CAGGAAAUUAGAAGUCAGUUAUCAUUAGCAUAUACUCGGUCUGAGCAUUAGAGGGCUUUUCUAACCAUCUAAGUCUGUUGAAAUCGAACUUCACAAGGAAGGAAUCAGACAGACACUAGGAAAUUUAGAUGUAAGAUCACCAGUAAGAGAAUAUUUUCUUUAGCUGGCCAGUUAAACGUGGUUAAGGCAGCAUGAACUCUGUACUCAGUACCUUGUUGUUUUCAGUGCUGCUUCUUCUGACGCUCAGAAUUCAGGAGCUCGUAGAGGCAUGCAGCUGUGCCCCUGCACAUCCACAGCAACUAAUCUGUGAUUCCGCUUUAGUAAUUCGUGCAAAAAUAUCCAGUGAAAAGGUGGUUCCUGCCAGUGAUGACCCUCUUGACACUCACAAAAUGAUCCGGUAUGAAAUCAAACAAAUAAAGAUGUUUAAGGGGUUUGAGAGACUGAAGGAUGUCCAAUAUGUCUACACUCCUUUUGAUUCAUCUCUUUGUGGAGUGAAACUUGAAGCUAACAACAAGAAGCAGUAUCUCCUUACGGGCCAGAUUUUAAGUGAUGGUAAAGUUCUCAUCCAUUUAUGCAACUACAUUGAACCAUGGGAUGAUCUAUCCUUGUCUCAAAAGAAGAGUCUUAAUCAAAGAUACCAAAUGGGUUGUGACUGCAAAAUUACUACCUGCUACAUGGUGCCUUGUUCAAUCACUACACCAAAUGAAUGCCUUUGGACGGACUGGCUGAUAGAAAGAAAGCUUUAUGGACAUCAAGCCAAGCAUUAUGCCUGUAUCAAGAGAAGUGAUGGUACUUGCAGCUGGUACCGAGGUGGCCCUCCCCCAGAGAAAGAGUUUAUUGACAUCAGUGAACCUUAAAAUUAUCACUUCCUAUAAAGCCCCGGGGGCUAAUUCCAUCAAACGUUGCGCACACAGCUUUGAACUGCCAUCGUCUAAUGUAUCUGUUGUUUAGAAACAAAAACAAAUUGUGCUGUACAAUGAAGCACAGAGUUUGAGGAAUUGGCACCCAGGCAAGAAGAGGAACAAAUCCCUUUGAGGUAGAUGCUCUGUAAAGUUCUACCUUGUAUAGAAGGGUUUUAGUUGAAAAUGUUCCUCUGUGUCCUUUAAGGCAUAACAGCUUUCCUUUUUAUCAAUAUGAAUGUACAAGAACAAAAGAAAGAUCAGAGUUUUUCCCCCUGCUCCAUUUACCUAUCAGAUUAAGAAAACUCCAUGUUUUAUUCCAAAUCAAUCUUUCUGAUAAAAUGAAGAAUAUUUUAUAGAGCUAUUUUUUCUGUCUGGAGCUGUCUUAGUACAGAAGAAUUAUUGUACAGUGUAUAUGUAAAGUAUUAAGCAAUGUGCUGUAAAAAGAUGCAAAGAUCCAUGUUUUGUUCAUUUUUGUUGAAGCAAGUUAAACGUGUUUGUGAUUAAAAACCUCCAUAGUCUUUGUUUUGUACAUUACUUAACUAUCAUGUCUUUCUUUACCCAUGUAUUGUGACACUUGCUAGUAAUUAAGCUAAAAUACAUCUUUGAUAAUCAGAAACACCUAUUCAGUUCAUUAAUCUAAUGGACUGCAUUAUAUUGUAGAUAAAGAAGUUGAAUGUUCUAAUGUUUUGCUAUUGCCUUGUAUCAACAGAAACGUUAUGACAAAGCCUAGUCUAACUAGAUUUAUGACAAGAACAAACCACAAACAUUUUCAGUGCAGUAGUGGCGCUUAGUAAUACCUUUAUACAUGUCUCAUUAUUAUACUUCAGUUGUAUUACUGUUAUAAGCACUGAUUCUAAUAUUUAUGUGAACAAUCUACAAACAAGGCAUUUAGAGUCUCAGCUGGAAGUGUCUUAUAACAAAAAAUCCCAUAUAAUUUAUUUGUCAUCUGUAAUUGUUCAGGCUGAAAUAAAAGUUUACCAUUUUUGGAUA